AUUUAAACAAUCUAAAAUGUCGAAAUUAGGCCAAGACAAGGAAGCUAAUCAACCGAUGGCUACUGCUUUAGCCAAGAACGAGGAAUACAAGGAGAAGGGUGGAAAUAGGGAAUCAUCAAUCUACCAAAAGUUUAAAAUGAACUCUCAUAAAAUCAUGCUUGAGAACACUUCUCUUAACCAAAUAAAGUGAAACGAAAGACUGUCCUUCAUCAAAAAGAGGAUUGGUCGAAACCAGAAUGGAAGGAAAAGUGUUGAUCCGAAGAAACAUCCAGAUGAUGCCUCCUCAGGAAUGGCUGAUCUCCAAAAGCAGAGUGAAAACUCUAAAAUGAGUCAAGCUAAAAAUGUGAUGCUGCCAACACAACAGAAUAGCAUUGUUGAGAUAGAACAGAGGAUUCUUAAGAAAAUGAAGAACAAAAAUAAAACGGAUAGGAAUGCAGGUGUCAACCGCUCAGCAGUGAACAAGCAUAUUUGGGCCUCUGAAGGAAGAAAUUUAGUAUCUCCUGGCUCUGAUAAAGCAGAAAGCUCCUUCCCUAGCUUGACUGAUAAGUUUCAGGUCUCUGCUAGGUCUUCUCCUUAUGGAAAGAGAACCGCUGGAAAUAACAUAAGAAUUAAGAAUGGAAAGAAAGAGAUUUCUCAAGCAAUGGCCAGGAUUAAAUAAAUCCGUUUUAAAGAAUCGUCCGAAUAGGAACAGUAUUCUUGGUGAAGAAGGAAGUAAUAUUGUAAUCUCUCUCAAGAACGACGCUCCAUAUAAUAAUGAGCCUGAAGAUAAAAUAAAUCUGUCUUAUUCUUAUUCGGAGAGCCUGAAAGAUCCGAAGGUCUAUAAUUCAAAGAAAAGAGAGAUACCUAUUGUGAGAAAAUAAUUUAUCAAAAUUAUUUGAAAACUGAAAGGUACCCAAAUUUUCCAAUAAGAGAUACGAGAUAGACACAGCUGAUACUGAAACCUCUUUGGGAUACAAGGGAAUGAAGAAGAUUCUAGGCAAUGGAUCAAACUCAAGUGCUUCUUUAAUUGCUCAUAAUGAAUAUUUGGAUAAUUCUGGUAAAAAAUCUAACCUGCACCAAAGGUUAGCUAAAGGAAGAAAUCUAAGCGUGAACAAAAGCAUGUCUAUAGGGAAAAGCAAAGAUAUUUCAUCUUUAGGGACAAGUACUAACUCUACUUCAAACAUCAUUCUGCCAAAGAUCAAAAAUAAUUCUGUUCUUGGGCGAAGCCUUUUUAAAUAAAGUU